GUAGUGAGUGCGGAAACAGAGCUGGACUGCGGUGGAAACAGCGCCUGUUGUCGACGUGGAGGAGAGCAGAGAGGCGCUGAGUUAGGAAACACCGCUGUGUCAGACACGAGUGUAAGGCUGAGGUGCUCACUGUACAAACAGCGAUGAACUGCGGCAGGACGCGCUCCUGACUCCUGACGGGGCUUCGGUUGUUAUUCCUCUGUGUUUCUGAGUCAGUAUGGCUGAGAAGGGCGAGUUCGGGCCUUUAACGCGGAGCAGGAGACGGGCUACUAUCAGCAGCAGCAGCAGUAAAAUUGAACUCCUGAAAAGCUCCAAUGGAGCUCCUUCAGCCAGCGCCAGUAAAACCAGGUUAAAGAGACAGGACUCUCACAGCAAGGACCCGGCGGAGGAAACACGCAAACACAGCCGCUCUGAGAGCCUGAGUUGCCACAAGCUCCAGGAAUCAAUGCUGAGUUCUGCAAGUAGUUUCAAAAACUACAGAGGCAUUCUGAACUGGUGUGUUGUCAUGCUGGUCUUGAGCAAUGCACGUCUGGUACUGGAAAAUCUACUCAGGUACGGCAUUCUAGUGGACCCCAUUCAAGUGGUGUCUUUGUUCCUGAAGGACCCCUAUAGUUGGCCUGCAGCGUGUCUCAUUAUUGUUUCAAAUGUGUUCAUACUUGCGGCGCUGUAUACAGAGAGGAAAUUAGCCAUGGGAUAUUUUAGUGAGCGGUUUGGCCUGCUGGUUCACAUCAUCAACCUGUCAGUGGUCUUGUGUUUUCCAGUGGUCAUCGUGCUCAUGGUGCCUUCUGUAACACCAGUUGGUGGAGCGAUCGCAUUGGGAGUCUACACCAUCCUGUUUCUGAAGCUGUAUUCAUAUAAAGAUGUGAACAGGUGGUGCCGAGAGAGGAUGCAGGUGAAGGCCCGCAGCCUGUCCAGAUCAUUGUCAUGUCCAUCUCCUCCAUCGACCGAGGGAGCAGUGCAUGUAUCUUACCCUGGAAACCUCUCUCUUAAAGAUUUGUUUUAUUUUGUUUUUGCUCCCACUUUGUGCUACGAGCUCAACUUUCCUCGCUCUCCGUCUGUGCGGAUGAGUUUCCUGCUCAGGAGGCUGUUUGAGAUGUUGAUCCUCACUCAGCUGUUGGUUGGUUUAACACAACAGUGGAUGGUGCCAAUCAUACAGAGUUCAAUGAAGCCACUGCAGGAAAUGGAUUACUCCAGAAUGAUGGAGCGCCUGCUCAGGCUAGCCGUACCCAACCACCUUCUUUGGCUGAUAUUCUUCUACUCAUUUUUUCAUUCAUCUAUGAACUUCAUGGCAGAGCUUCUGAGAUUUGGUGAUCGAGAAUUUUACAGAGACUGGUGGAACUCAGAGACUGUAACAUAUUUCUGGCAAAACUGGAACAUCCCUGUUCAUAAGUGGUGCAUUCGACAUUUUUACAAGCCCUUGCUGAGAAAAGGAGCCAGCAAGUUAGUGAGCCAAUCGGCGGUAUUCUUCGCCUCAGCUUUUUUUCACGAGUAUCUUGUCAGUGUUCCUCUGAGGAUGUUCAGACUGUGGGCAUUCAUGGGCAUGAUGGCUCAGAUUCCAUUGGCGUGGUUCGUGGGCCGAUUUCUCAGGGGUAAUUACGGAAACGCCGCGGUGUGGCUGUCUCUCAUAAUAGGCCAGCCAAUCGCUGUUCUAAUGUACGUCCAUGACUACUACGUCAUCCACCACCUAGAGGAAACUGCAGACCCUGGAGCGCUGUAGAGCUGCAGCGACGUCACCCUGACAUUCAUCGUUUCAGCUGACUCCUCUAAAAAGCUGCACCUUUUUAAGGACAAUUUUCUUAAAAAAAAAAAACACUUUAUAUAGGGAACAAAAAUCCAUCCGCUCUCUAAGGUUUAGAACUCACUGAAUUUUAGGACUUAGUGAUGCCUCCUUGAGAUUACACUGAAUGUACUACCAUAUAGAUGUACUGUAUCUUUUUCUUUGUGGGGGUCAUAAUGUUUAAAUGCAUAGAUCAUUAUUUUUUUAAAGAAUGUUGUUUUAGGGUAAUUUAUAUAUAUAUAUGAGGUAAUUUUUAAAGGGAUACAUCAGGUAAAAAAAUAUGCUGCACACAAUUUGCCAUAUCUGAGAUUCUUGUGAUAUUUUUAUGUAAAAAGAAGCUGGUUUUAUUGAUGUGUUGAUUUUAAAUGGGAUGUAAUAUUGUUGUUUGUUUACCAGUGUAAUGUGCCCCACUUUGAGCACAUGUGGGUGUGAAGUGAGGGUUUACAUGCGUAAUUGUAUGAACUCAGCAAAGUCUGGGAGUGCCACCUACUGGUGUCUCAUGAGACAUAUAAAGCUUGUGAAUGAA